AUGCCAGCGUACAACCCCUACACGCUGUACAUCCCCUCUCCGACGAUGCAGCAGUCCCAGUCCACGGCUGUCGAGGAUCAUAAGGUGGUCUGUGUGCAUGCACCAGAGCCAUACGGCUCAACCAUAAAUAUGAAUUCGAUUUUUGGAGGGUCGGUGGGGUCUCCAACUAACUCGCACACUCCCCUCGUCUCGCCAACGUACAUCGCAAGUCGCCCAUCCUCGUUAGGCAAUCCCCGACCUCUCCACCCACAUUCCUGCAUACCACUGCCACCACUAUCCCUCUACGGCACCUCAAUCAACCCAUUACUUAAAAGAGGGACGAUCCCACCAAUCAAAUAUGACAUCCGCUCGCCGCCGUCGUUCGCGACAAGUCGUCGUCACCUCGUCGACGACGACCGGUGGCGGCAUGAGAGGGCAUCAAACCCGAAUCUAGGGUCUCUGACCAUCCGCACGGCACUCGCCAGCAAGCCCGUCGUUGUGUUCCCAUCGAGGAUCGUCGAUGGGGUCGUCACUGUGCAAGACGUGCUUCUUGCAGUGCACUACGCGCUGCGAGCUAGUGCCUUGGACGAUCAGCAUCGUCGACGAGCAGAGUUGUGGCGGCAGGGCGCUCCUAGGUCGUAUCAUCCUUCUGAAGAUUACGAGGCCAUCGAUGUGGCUUUUGGAUGCUAUGGAUGGGCUGGAUUGACGCAGAGCCCGACGGAGGGCGAUGUUUGGAUUCUGAAGACGACUACAGAAAAUUCCCACGAAUUACGAGGACUUAGCCAAAUUUCGCUGAGCUUUGAACUUUGCGAGACGUUUGGUAUUCCAUUCCUCCACCCAUUCCAGAUCGAAACGGGCCAAAACAUCUUACAAAAACGCAGCACAAUCCUUGACGUACCAACCAGGUCCGGCAAGACGCUUGCGUUUUUCUACGCGCUUUUCUACUACUGGUGGCCUGGGAAUACCGAACGCGACUCCUGCCAGAAGAAGAUCAUAGUCAUCAUCAGUCCACUUGUUGCGUUGAUGCAAGCACAGGCCAUGAAAGCUAGAUCUUGA